AUGAGAUUGAGACAAAUAAAGCAAUACUCAAGGAAAUCAAAUAUUGAGAUCCAAGGCGUUCCAGUAACCAACAAUGAAGACCCUGUCCUGAUUGCUAUUGAUGUGGGAAAGUCUUUGGGUGUGGAACUGAAGACAGAAGACGUCAUGGCUGCUCAUCGAGUGCCUACAUUCAAGCCUAGAUCAAUACCACCACUAAUCGUCCAACUACGGGACCGCAGGCUCAAGAAUACGUGCAUAGCAGCUUACAAGAAAAACAGGAAGUUGACUGCUAAAGACAUAAACCCAUCGCUCUCAAACAACAAUGUCUAUGUGAAUGAUCACCUGACUCCGGAAACCAAGAACCUUCUCAGAGUGACCAAUAUAAAAGCAAGGGAAAAUAACUACAAAUACGUUUGGUGUAAUGAAGGACAGAUUUUUAUGAGAAGAGAGGACGGCCAAAAGUGUAUCCGAAUCGAAUGUGAAGAAGAGCUGUUUAAAGUAAAGUAA